AUGCCAGAACUUCCCAGACUAUGCAUGUGGUGGUACAGAUGGAACAAGGAAAAUCUACAACAUCUUCGUCCCUCCGGCACCGACGACGACAUCAACAACAACUUCGAGCACCCAGACCUCCAGCAGCACGGCUACGUCCAGUUCCGCUACGACCGAUACAGCAUCCAAUUCGUCUUCCACUGGUCCAUCCAGUUCCGAAACAACUACCGUGGUUGCCUCCACAACAUCAUCUACAACUUCAUCUACACCACCGUUUACGACAUCAUCUACAACUUCUUCAACAAUACCGUCUUCAGCUUCAUCAACAACAUCAUCUGUACCAUCAUCUUCGUCAUCUUCUACAACAUCAUCCACCGCAUCAACCGCAGCAUCAUCCACUGUUUCGUUGAGUGGAACCUCCACGGUGACAGACAGCGGCUCGACAACAACUCCUUCUGCGUCAGAGACCCCAGGCACUUCCAGCUCUUCAAGUGUUUCGGUUUCUGCAGUCACCACUACCAAUACACUUUCUUCCAGUUCCCAGAGUGCUGCGAUCACGACGACUUCACAGUCGACAUCAAUCUCUACUGUUUCGUCGUCCGCCAGCAUCUCAGCUUCAAUUUCGCCAUCUUCAAGCCCUAUCAUUCCGUCUGGGAGUCAGUCAAUCGUUUCCAGCUCUUCAUUGAGCCAAACCAGAAGCACAAGUACAACUACGGGGUUCCCUACCAUAUCUCCGCCAUUUUUAAUGACGAAUUUUUCAUCCACUAUAUCUCCCACCAGCCUGAUUCCACCACCUUCGAGUUCUUCCGUCAGCUCAAGCGGCACCUCCAACCCGUCUUCACCAGUCGGACCUUCAUCGGGAACAGGGAGUUCAAUUGCAAGCUCGGUUCUUGGCACCACUUCAAUACCCCAAUUAGGCCCCUCCAGCUCAUUUUCUGGCACUUCACAAACUCCAAUGUCACCUUCAGGGUCUCAGCAGAUAUCCUCACCAGGAUUACCAGGAUCGCCGUCUUCUGCCUUAGGUUCAAUCGCAACAUCUGGCCUGUUCUCGACAGCAUCUGGAAGCCCAUCGUCCAACGUUCUGGUAGCAUCGUCUGGGUCGAGUCAGGGUACACCGACUGCUACACCAGCUUCUACUGCGACGUUUACCACCAGCUCACCUCUUGCAUCCACUAG